AUGCCAAAUCAAAACUCCGACUCGCUGCUGCUUCCAGAAACAGCAGCAGCAAACACUGGGCGGCUACGGGGGGGGCCCCCCCGGGGGGCCCCCCCGGGGGCCCCCCAGAGGUAUGUGGGCCCCCCGGGGGGCCCCCAGGGGAGGGGGGCCCCCCCGGGGACUCCCCGGGGAUGUGGGGGCCCCGGCGGGGGCCCCCUGAGCCCCGGGGGGCCCCCACGGUGGGCAUCCCAGGAAGGUCUCAGGCCUGGGGGCCCCUCGGGGGCCCCCCUUGGGGGCCCCAAGGGGGGCCCCCCUGGGGGCCCCCAGGGGUACUCUGGGGGCCCCUCAGGGCCUCGGAAUUUAGGCGAUGAAUGGGGAGAGGGCCCCGGCGAAUGA